GCCUCGGGAGAAGCCCAAAGAGCUCUCUGCUAAACACCAUUGUCAGCUAAAAGGAAAAGAAAUCCCUUUUAAGGAAACAAUUUAACUUCAAUAGGCUGCUCUUCUGCCAGGAUUUCCAAUUCCUCUGAACAUAAGGAGAACCACAGCCUGCUGCACGUAUGUCUGGGUCCUGGCUCCCCCCGCAGAGCUUCAGCACCAGUUGUGGGCCAAAAAUAAACACCAUUCCUCAACCAUAUAUGUCCACCAGCCCCGCGCCGGGGAGGAGGAGCAGGGCUAGGUCAGGUCCUGGGCUCCAGCACAUUCGGUGUGGCCGCGUGCACCAUGCACAUCACCCAGCUCAACCGGGAGUGCCUGCUUCACCUCUUCUCCUUCCUGGACAAGGACAGCAGGAGGAACCUGGCCAGGACCUGCCCCCAGCUCCAGGACGUGUUUGAGGACCCUGCACUCUGGCCCCUGCUGCACUUUCGUUCCCUCGCAGAACUCAAGAAGGACAAUUUCCUCUUGAGCCCGGCGCUCAGGAGCCUCUCCAUCUGCUGGCACUCCAGCCGCGUGCAGGUGUGCAGCAUUGAGGACUGGCUCAAGAGCGCCUUCCAGAGGAGCAUCUGCAGCCGGCACGAGAGCGUGGUCAAUGAGUUCCUCCUCCAGGUGUGCGACAGGUGCCCCAACCUGGCGUCCGUCACCCUGUCCGGCUGCGGCCACGUCACCGACGAUUGCCUGGCUCGCCUGCUGCGCUGCUGCCCGCGCCUGCGCGAGCUGCGCCUGGAGAACUGCGCGCGCGUCACCAACCGCACGCUGGCGGCCGUGGCGGCGCACGGGCGCGCGCUGCAGACGCUGCACGUGGACUUCUCCCUGCGCGCCGAGCACAGCGCAGCCAUGAUCCCCGACCAGCCUCCGCGCGGCCUGCCUGCGCCCGGCUCGGCCCUCCGCAAGCUGUUGCCGCGCUAG